AUGCUCCGCGCAUCACUUCAGACAACAUGCAGAGCGACGACCCCGGCAGCGCGCGCUUCUGCCGCUCCUAGGACAUGUCGCGUACUCUCGGCGCGUGCGCUCUCAACAACACCACGACGAAUGGCAGACAUGCCGGAUCGGGACGAGUUCAUGAAGAGGAUAGGCCAGACGGGCGUCUUCAAGCAGAUUCAGGAGAAGAACCCGAAAGCCGCGAGUGCAAUAGCGGACUUGUACGAGGUGUUGAAGGAAUCCGGGAUCGAGUUCAAGCCUAGACAGCUGCCGUCGAAGUUGCAGAUGAUGAAGCUGGCUAUGAAUAGGAGGUUUAUUACUGCGUUUAAGCAGUGCGUGGUGGAGCUGGAGAAGGCGGGGAUUGACUUCAAGUCGGAGGAUGUGAUGGAGAAGGUCAUGACGAACCUUCAUUUGGAACAUGAAGCACAUACGAAAACAGACGAAGCGUUGCGAAAACAGGCGGAGGCGAAGAAGGUUGGGGGUAGCUAG